GGCCCCUUGGACAAGCGCUUUCUGGGUCGGUUGAAGACCAGAGAGAAAGAGAGAGCUUCAAUGGAAGGAGCCACCGAUUUGUGCCCCAACCGAAGCGCCGGUGAGAAGCGCAAGUCGAGGCAGCAAGACAAGCCCUACCGUGGGAUAAGGAUGCGCAAGUGGGGAAAGUGGGUGGCCGAGAUUCGUGAGCCCAACAAGCGCACCAGGAUCUGGCUCGGCUCCUACUCCUCCCCCGUGGCGGCGGCGCGCGCCUACGACACCGCCGUGUUCUACCUCCGCGGCCCCACCGCCCGCCUCAACUUCCCUGAAUACAUGGCCCAGGACGACUACCUUCGCGACAUGUCCGCCGCCUCCAUCCGUAAGAAGGCCACCGAAGUCGGCGCUAGGGUUGACGCUCUCGAGACCUCUCUCCGCCACAACGGCUCCCCCGACUCCAACUCCCGCCGCGGCUCCCUUAAGGCCGACCUCAACGAGUACCCAAACCCCGAAAGCUCGGACGAGGAGUGAGAGAAGAAGAGAAGCCGACGAUCGAACAGUGAAGCAAUAGAGGAAGUCGAUCGUCGGAACAUGAUCCGAAGGGAUCGUCCUCUUUUGAUGUUCAGUUUCUAUAUCGGUAGAUAGAUAGAUAAACAUGUAGCUAUAUAUAUAUAUGAACUAUGCGUAGAAGCUUACCAGAGAUCAUGAUUGCCAGAGGCAUGAUCCGAAACUCCAUGUUUAGUCCUCUUUCCUUUAUGCUAUAUUCGUUCAAUUGUUUCCCCUUAA